UCCGCUGCUCUGCUCAAACCCUCCUCUUACCUGUGAGAACUUCUCAUCCAGACGUUACCUGAGGCAGAAUGGCACAGAGAGGCAGCAGACCCGGCUUCAGCAGCCGGUCCUACACCCCCUCUAACACCAGGGUCUACCCGAGCGUGGCCUCCUCCAGCGUGGACCCCCUGCUCAACUCACCCGUCAGCAAAAUGGACCCUCAGGACCAGGAGGCCAAAACCAAGGAGAAGGACCAGAUGGUCGGACUCAAUGACAAGUUUGUCGCUUUCAUUGACAAGGUUCGUCAUUUAGAGGAACAGAACAAAAUCCUGGAAACCCGGCUAAAGAUUCUGCUGGAGCAGGACAGCUACAAGGGGAACAUAGACGACAUCGUGAAAGAACUGGCUGCAGAUCUGAGGAGACAGAUUGACGGGCUGGACCGAGACAAGGACAAGCUGGAGUCUGAGGUGGUGAAGUCCAACGAUGAGGUGGACAACACCCGGGACAGGUACGAGAACGAGAUCCAGAAGAAGACUGACCUGGAAAAUGACUUUGUUCUCACUAAGAAGGAUGUGGAUGAUAGUUAUAUGCAGAGGGUGCAGCUGGAGCUGGAGCUGGAGGACAUCACACGCGAGCUGGAAUUCCUCAGGCGUGGAUUUGAUGAAGAGAUAAAGGAGCUCCAGUCUCUGAUCCGGAACGAGACGGUGGUGGUGAAGACGGGAAGUAAUCGGAACCUGGACAUGGAUGAGAUCCUGCAGAGUGUUAAGGCCCAGUACGAGAACAUGGCCUCCCGCAGCCGAGAGGAGGCGGAGCAGUGGAACAAGAGGAAGAUGGACGACAUGGUGCAGAAAGCAGGGAAGCAUGAGCAAGAUGUGAAAGAUGUCAGGAAGGAGAUCUCAGAUACUCAGAGGAGCAUCCAGAGACUCCUCGCUGAGAUUGAAGCUCUCAAGAGGAAGAAAAGUAAUCUGGAAGACGACAUCAGGAACUCUGAGAUCGGCGGGCAGCAAACUCUGGACGAUGCUCGGGACCAAAUCGCACAGCUGGAGGAGGCGCUCCGCAGAGACAAGCAGCUGAUGGCCCGACAGGUCCGCGAGUACCAGGAGCUCAUGAACCUCAAGCUGGCCCUGGACAUCGAGAUCGCCACCUACAGGAAACUUCUGGAAGGAGAGGAGAUGAGGCUGGCUGACCAGAGGCGUGAUCAGUUUGAUUACUAAAAUCAAACCAAAAAUCGAUCCUCGUCCUUGCUUACGCAGACGUCAAGGCCCCAAAGUCCUGUUCGAGUGAGGAGCCUCCGCGAGUCGACUCUCCUGAUAAAGCCAAGAAGUGCCUGCUUAUAAGAAUCGAAGUGAAGGAUGGACACGUGAUUUCUGAGAGUUCACAGCUUGUUUAAGGAUUUUAGCUUCUAUCACUUUAAUGACGUGAUAUAAAGUAGUGAUUUUUACCUCAUUUGAUUCAUUUUGCCUUAGAAACACUUAACAAAAGAGGUCGCAAAUAACAGUGCUUAUAAAACUUACAAAGUAAUGUCUCAACUAAGUAUUAAUUGACACUAAUAAAGUCAUUAUUAAUCAUUAUAUUCAAUCAAUAUUUAAUGCUUAAAAAUGUUUAAACACCAGGAGAGUUAAGAAGACUAGCGCACGCCUCCUCCGAUACAUCUGAAGUCAGACUCCGCCUCUUUUUGAACUGCUGCGGAUGCUGUAGCAUUGCCGAGUAGGUUCUGAUACAUCAGCUCACAGACGCUCAGAGACCUUGUGCUGAUCCACAUCACCCUAGGAGUGAUAAAAGAGGGCAAAGAGCGCCAUCUACUAUACCCACCCUGAGAGAGAGAGAGAACAAUUGUGCUCUCUCAGGGCUCUGGCAGCUGAAGGCAAGCUGCAUGACUGGGAUUCGAACUGAUAGCAAACAUAGUGGCAGCGCUUUAGUCUCCUUGACCAUUUUAUAAAAAAAAAUGAUUAAUAAUGUCUUAUAAUUAAUAAUUAAUUGAUACUUUCUGUUUAAAUACUGUUAAUUAACGUACCCUUUUUGAAAAGUGUUACCCCUGUCUUAUGGACAUAUAAUGUGAUUUAACAAGUGUGACUAAAUGGCAAACUGUGUAGUAGGCCUGUCUAUUGUCUUGUAUCUCUAUUUUUACACUGACAUUCAUUUAACACUUAAGAAGCUUUUAUUUUUAACUUCUUCUAUAAAGUUGCUUAUUUGGAGAUACAAGUUAUUUUGUGUGACACCUAUAAUAUACUAAUAUACUAUAAAAAAUAAAUAAAAUUAUCAAAAUAAUGCAGGUCAAUCACUGUUACAACAUUUUAACAGUUAUUUUACUUACUUUACUUAUUAAAUUUUUUUUUAAUUGAUCAAAUAGACAACUGUGAGACAGCUCAUGAUCACAAUACAGCCCUGGAAAAAAUAAGAGACCACUUAAAAAUGAUGAGUUACUUGAUGAGUUACUUUGAAAACCUCUGGAAUAUAAUCAAGAGGAAGAUGGAUGAUCACAAGCCAUCAAACCACCAAACUGAACUGCUUGAAUUUUUGCACCAGGAGUAAAGCAGCAUAAAGUUAUCCAAAAGCAGUGUGUAAGACUGGUGGAGGAUAUGGAAUUGGGGGGAAAUGUUUUUUUGUCAUUUUACAGAAUAAAAUGUAAUUUAUAAAAUAACACAAUGUUUAUUUUAUUCAAACAUAUACCUAUGAAUAGAAAAAAAGUAGUUUCUUAAUUUUAUCCAGAGCUGUAUAUACUAAUCGUUAUUUUAGUACUUUGAUCUUAUUCUACACAAGAGAAUGUUGAGAUUAGAACAAGGCUUGAGAACCACAUCACUAGAACUACAUUACACCUCUACUCGUCUCAGUCUGGAUAUGAAUCAGGAGAGCCGCUGGUGGACUCAUCACUGCUCCAGGACUUAUUAUUUUUAUUUCUUUACUGUGUUUCUGUUUGUGAAAGUGAAGACAUGCUCGUGUAUACUUGAAUAUCUCAAAAGGGAAAUAAAGAGGAACUUUUCGUGC